CGUCCAAAAGAUGAAAUAUUGUUAAAGUGAAAGUAGCGUUAGGUUUUCACUGCACAGAAAAGUAGAAAACUGAAGACGCUCUGGAAUUGGAUUCUCCACUUUGAUCACAAAAAAUGGACCGUCGUACUGCUGUUUGUUUUGCAAUUCUCACCCUGGCAAUGGCUACUUCUUCUGCAAUUCAGCUGCAGAUUGGCGCUCGAGAUGAAUUCAGGAAGACCCAAAUAAUCACAACAAAUUCUCCGUUCUCUAUUGCACUUGAAACCCUCCAGAAGCAGAUUGACUAUAGUUUUCAACGCAUCGAUCUUCUACGGCGUGCAAUGACCCAUGCUUCAUUUUCAGAGGAGAACAACCGAGCAUUAAGCAUUCUAGGGACAAGCAUUAUUGAAACAUCUGUGGCCUUUCGGUAUCUUCUAGAUGACAUUGAUAUUUCUUCAAAAACUCUGAACCGUGAAAUAGCUGAGGUAUGUAAUGUGGAGUCUUCUUGUGCCGUGGAUGGAAUGCGUUUGGGGUUGCACAAAGUACUCAGAGUCUCUCACAAAACUAACUCUACCACUCCGGCCGUAGUCUGUGGUGCUUUUCGUGCAAUAUUCGGUGCUGUUGCCCUUGAUUCUGGGAAGUCCGAUGCUGCUGCAAAAGUGUUCUUGAAUGUUCAUACUCGCACCGGUGAAUUAGCUGCUGAUUUUUAGGUAAGCCUCAGAACUAUAAAUGGCUGCAUCCUACUAUGAACUCAUGUUAUGUGAAUCAUUUCUGUAUAUUGUAUGGAGUAUUAGCUUUAUGUAUACCGUAGAAGUAGUAUGACCGGAAACUCCAUUCUGAAUCUGUAUUACUCUGAAUCUUUUGUGAUGCUAACAUAGUCUUAUCUAUGGUUCUUAAUAAAAGUACUGUUGUUUA